AUGGCUGCCAUGGCACUGCCCAGCUUCGCAUCCACCCAGGCUCAGGUGAAGGGCAAGAAGGAGAAGAGCCCCAAGAAGGUGCUGUUGAAGACCCAGCAAGAGGCCUUCAACACUGAUCCCGCAGACUUGCAGCCCGCCUACCUUGUCCGCAAUGGACUGGAGCCGAUCCACGAGGACGAAGAGCAUUUCACGACGAUCGCUCCCCCACCGGGUCUCGAGAAGUGCGAUGACGACUUUUCCGACAGCCUCUGGAGUCGCUCCACUACUGGCGGCAGUGCCGGGUUCGAGACGCAACCGGAAGAGGAGGUCGAGGAUGACUUUGUUCAUGCUGCCCUUGCUGAGCAAAUCGCAAAGCUCUCCGCAAUGCAGAUUCAAGAGACCAUGGCCACGAUGUAUUUCAACAACUUGUCUACCUCACCACCUGCUCCGAUGCAAGCGGGAGAGCCGGCUUUUGCAGCGGCUUGGACGCCAACGCCGGUCCGCAACUUCUGCCACUUGGGUUUGCAGAUGUGGCUUAAGGUUUGCGUGGGAUCCUCCAGAGUCCAGAACUUGGGGCCGGCAUGGAAAAUUGGGAGCGUUGAUGGAUCUGCAAAGCUCUUCUAG